AUGGAGCUGCGCUCGGAGCUACCCAGCGUGCCCUCGGCGGCCGGGCCCCCAGUGGCGCCGGGCUCCGUGGCGUCCGUGGCGUCCGUGGCUGCGGCAGCUGCAGCGGCUGCGUCGCUGCCGGUGAGCGUGGCGGGCGGCCUGCUCCGGGCGCCUCCCCUGCUGCUGCGGGCGGCCGAGAAGUACCCGCGCACGCCCAAGUGCGCGCGGUGCCGCAACCACGGGGUGGUGUCGGCGCUCAAGGGCCACAAGCGCUACUGCCGCUGGAAGGACUGCCUGUGCGCCAAGUGCACCCUCAUCGCCGAGCGCCAGCGGGUCAUGGCCGCGCAGGUGGCUCUGCGUCGGCAGCAGGCGCAGGAGGAGAACGAGGCCCGGGAGCUGCAGCUGCUCUACGGCACGGCAGAGGGGCUCGCUUUGGCCGCAGCCAACGGCAUCAUCCCGCCGCGGCCCGCCUAUGAGGUCUUCGGCACCGUGUGCCCCGACGGCGCGAGCGGGGCCGGCCCGGGGCCCGGGCCCGGCUCGGGCGCGGGGGGCACUGGAGCCGGAGCCGGAGCCGGAGGCACAGAGGCCAAGCUACAGAAGUUUGACCUGUUUCCCAAAGGUCUGCUGCAGCCUGGAGGGGCGGGUUCCCCUCAGCCGCCCGGGGGAAAGCCAGUGUCCCCGGACGGGGCAGACUCGGCGCCCGGCACUUCAUCUCCGGAGGCCCGGCCCGGCUCAGGUUCGGAGAACGGCGACGGGGACUCGUUCCUGGGCUCGCCCCUGUCCAAGACGCUGAAGGAAGGCGGCGGCGGCGGCGGCGGCAGCGGCAGCGGCAGCGGCGGCGGCGGCCCCGGCGAGGACGACAGCCCCGGCUCCAUCAGCCCUCUGGGUUCCGACUCGGGCUCCGAGGCGGACAAGGACGAGGCCGCGGCGUCGCCGCCGCCGUCGGGUUCGGGCCCCGGGCCCCGGCAGAGAACGCCGUUGGACAUCCUGACCCGGGUCUUUCCCAGCCACAAGCGCAGCGUGCUGGAGCUGGUGCUGCAGGGCUGCGGCGGGGACGUGGUGCAGGCCAUCGAGCAGAUCCUGAACCACCACCGCGGCGCGGCCGUGGCCGGGGGCGCGGCCGUGGCGGCCGUGGCGGCAGGCGGCCCGGACAAGGGCCCGGACGAGGGCUGGACGGGGCGCGCCGACGGCGGCGGGGGCGCCCUGGGCGCCGCGCUGCAGCCGGGCCCGGCCGCCGCCCACCACCCCCACCACAGACCCUUGCUGGCCGGGGCCAUGACCCCGGCCAUCGGGACUCUGGGCAGCCGGUCGGCCUUCUCGCCGCUGCAGCCCAACGCCAGCCACUUCGGCGCGGAGGCGGGCGCCUAUCCGCUGGGCACGCCCCUGGGCCUGAGCCCGCUGCGCCUGGCCUACUCGGCGGCCGCGCACAGCCGCGGGCUGGCCUUCAUGGCGCCCUACUCCACAGCCGGUCUCAUGCCCACGCUGGGCUUCCGGCCACCCAUGGACUACGCCUUCAGCGACCUCAUGCGGGACCGCUCGGCCUCCGUGCACAAGGAACCCGUCUACAGCAACGGGGGCGGCCUCUACGGGCCCCUGGUCAACAACACCCCGGACAAGCAAUAGGGAGGGGCAUGGACCGAGGGGAAGUGCCUGGGGGCACGGAGUGGGAGAGGAAGCGACGGCCUCCCCUCCCCUCCCGGCUUCGUGGCCCAUUUCGGGCGGUGACCCAGUCCCUGCGCCCUCGCAGCUGGUCCACCUUGGCUGGGAGGGAGGGAAGCCGGCUCUGCUCUGGAGGCGGGCUGGGAGGGGGGAGAAUAAGGCGUUCCGGGGUCGUUCCGGGGAACGCAGCCGCCCUUCCUUGCCCGGACCCAUUCCCGAGGCAACCGACCCCCGAGGGUCAGCCAAAGCUCUGGGGGUGGGGUGAGGGGCAUGGGUAUGGGACAUAGCCCUUCUAUCAGGGCCGGAGGCAGCAGGUUCCGGAGCCCUAUCCCGGGCCGGAUUAGUUGGCACUCUGGCUUCAGGAAUGCUGGGCGCCCCGUGCUCUAGCUCUGAAUGCCUGCGCCCCCUCCCCAGACGGAUCGUAGGUUGUCAGUUGGUCUCUCCCCAUCCCUUCUCUCUCUUUUCGUUUUUCGUUCGCUCUAACAAAUAUAAAUCUAGGCUGAACAAACCUACUCCUAGCGCUGGGUCUAGUACUUGGGAGAGGAGGUGCCAGGGCAGGCCUCGCUCCGUCUGGGUGUCUGCCUCUGGCUCUGGCUCGGGACUCUGUCUCUCCGGAUAGAUGGGAGGACCACAGAACACCCGGCAGUGGGCUCCGAGCGGGCGCUUUCGUUGUUUCGGUUUUUGUCCCGACCCUCCCUUGUCGCUUACGGUCCCGAGCAUGGCUAUUUCAUCUCUGGUGCAUUGUGAGGUUUUCCACGUGUAUAAAUAUAUCGGUACCUGAUCUAUACAUAUUCAUAUACAUAUAUAUACGAGCGAGUGUACGAUGUUAUAAAUGGAUU